AUGAAUGAAGAUGGAUUCCAGAUUGGUGUUGGAGGGAAUGAGCAUGUCUAUACAACAGAUCCCAAGAAGGCUGCUUAUGUGGCUACCACCACCAACCACCAAUCACUCACCACCAUUGAAGCCAUCAGCGCAGCCAGCACAAUUAUCCCUCCCCAGGUCAUCUUGCCUGGCAAGAAGAUCAUGUCUGCUUGUACUGAGAAUGAUCUCCCCAACCUCAUCUCCUGCUUUGAGCAUGAUAUAUGUACAGGAGCCUCCUCUCACCUCCGCGCCUAUUUGUCCCCUGUGCAACAAAAGUGUGCCCAGUUGUUGAUGAUAGCAGAGGAGUCGAGGACAUGGGAAGAGAUGAAGGGUAACAAGCAUUGUCACAUGUCUUGA